UUACUUUUGUUUAAAAACGUCCGGUCGCCAUGUUUGUUUAAAACGUAGAACGUAAACGGAAAAGGUGCGGAAAAGAAAGCGGCUUUUUUAUGUAAGUCUGACAAGAUUACGUUUUACACGAUUCUAGCUUCUGACAAGAGUGAUAUGAAAAGGUUACAGUCUUUUUUUAACAUUCGCUAUCUUCUACGAAAAUAGUAAUCAUGGCAUUGCCAGCAGAAGUUUCACGAUCUUUCAAUCUUUACGUGACCCAUGUGCAUGGAGAUGGUCAUUUUCUGAAGAUAAGUGGGCAACUCGAUAAACAAACUUCGUUGAUGCUGGAGUCCCUCUUCGAGAAUGCUCGAGAAAGCUUGGAGAAAGGCGUGGGUGCCGUGCCCCCGGCAGCUAUUCAUGAAGGUAUUAUCUGUGCCGCUAAAUACCGAGAUGGUAUUUACUACCGGGCGAAGAUAACUAACACGACAAACCUCGCAACAGGCCUGGUUGGAGUUCAUUUUAUCGACUACGGUAAUAAAGAUACGAUUUCGUUGAGCACUAUAAGAUUCCUGGACAAUUACGAUCCUAUGUUUCUUCAGCUCCGUGGCCAAGCUACAGACUAUUAUCUAUCUAGUCUCAUGCAGCCAUCUGGAAAAUGGGAAGAACCUUUGAUAUUAAAACUACAAAGUCUUAUCUGCUAUGCUGAAUAUCCAGCCACCAUAGAGGUACACACUCGUACAUUACCCAUAAUAUCUAUACAGUAUAAGGGUACAGACUUAUCUACUCAUCUAGUCAAUAACCGCUUGGGUGUUCCUCUGCCUGUGACUAAACAAGAAUUGUUGCUGCUACAAAUGUCAGGAGAUACCCAACAAGCUUCCAAUUGGCAACCUAGUUUUAUAAAUGAGUCCACAUCUUUUCCUGAACAUGUGCCUUUUAUUAUGAAUCAAAACUUUCCCUCCAAUCCAGCAUCUGCCAUGAGAUUGCAACAGAAUGUGUCAUUGCCAUUUAAUGGUGCCCUUCCAUCACCCUCUAUGAUUAGUCAACGCCUAGUUGUGAAUAGAGCAGCUAGGAACUCUGUGAAUCUGAAACCACUGUCUAGACAGCCACAACAUGCUGUAACAUCCCCUAUCUCAGUGCCAGCUACACCCCCGCCAUUGACACCACCAAUUAAUCUAAGUAAACCACAGUCGCCCAAGAAAUCUGCCACUUAUAAAAGCAGACUGUUGGAACAGAACUCUCAGCACAAAGUUUGUGUAUCGUUUGCUGAUGAAGGACCAGAGCUAUUUGCUGUGCAGUUGGUGGCUGAUGGCAAAAAAUUUCAAGAUAUGAUGGAUGACAUAAACAGAAGGCCUCACAGCAGUCUGACAGAGCCUCCUAUGAUUGGUACUGUAUGCCUAGGCCGCAUGUCUGGAGAUCGCAUUAUAUGUAGAGCAAUAGUUAUGAAUUUGUCCGGUUCCCAGUGCAAACUGUUCUUUGUUGAUUUUGGUGAUACAGAAAUGGUAUCAUACUAUGAUAUUUUUGACAUACCUGAAGAGUUUGUGAAACCCAAUGUGUUUGCCAUGAGAUUCUGUUUGUCUGGAGUGAAGAAAUUAGAGAAGGGCCCACAGUUAACAGAGACAUUUAAGCAGUUGGUCCACAAUAAAGUUCUCACUCUCAGAGUGGUGGCACCAGAGGGACCUCCACUCAUUCAGUAUGGAGAGUUGUAUUUAGAUAAUAAGAAUUUGUUGGAAAUUUUGAUGGCGAAUAUGAAGGACAAGUUGCAAUUUAAAUGGAUGGAGAUGUUGCAGUUAGGAUCGAGGCAGUCUGUGCUGGUGUCUUAUGUGGAUAGUUGCAUAAAAUUCUUUGUGCAAUUGUCAGACAAGAUUGAUGAAUUGAAUGCUGUGAUGGAUGCAGUAAAGAUCCAUUGUGAGAGCAGUUCUUCUCCGGGAGAACUACCAGUGGGUGCCGCAUGCUGUGCCCGAUUCCCGGAUGAUGACAACUGGUACAGGGCCCGAGUGAGGGAGACUAAGGGAAGCAAAGUGGUAGUUGCCUAUGUGGACUAUGGUAAUGAGCAAGAAGUAAAUGUAUCAGACCUAAGGACAAUCACACCAGACCUCAUAAAGCUGCCUGCUCAAGCUAUGAAGUGUGCAUUGAAGGGCUUUGAAAACAAACCCAUAGAGACAAAGACGUCCAACCUUCUGGAAAUGCUAGCGUUAGAGAAGACCCUAAUGGCGCAAGUUGUGGGUGUACUGUCCAGUGACACGAUGCUGGUGUCCCUUGUCGACGACACUGUCAGUCCUCCCCUGGAUGUGGCUCGCAGGAUGACCCAGCUUUCUCAACCCAGGAGCAAUACUGAACCGAAAGCAACGACGCCGAUCCGGAAAGAGGCUCCAGAAAGCUUCAGUUCUCCAGAAGGCAGUGUGCCCGAUGAUAGUCGGAAGAAGAGUUUCAAACGUGAGAAGAGUUUCAAAGAUGAGCGAAGGGCUAAGGAGGGCAAUGAGGAGUUUGGACAGCGAGGCAGCAGCUUCCGUGGCAGGGAUAAAGAUGGUUUCGACAGAUCUGGUCCAGGGCGUCACAGCGAAAAGUUUGGCGGGAAACCCGACAGAGGCGAGAGACGCGGUGGGCCGAAGCCUUGGGAGAGUUCUCCUCCAGCGCCGGCGCCGGUCGCCGCGCCCGCGGACGACGGCUGGGACGAGACCGCCGCCCCGACCCCUGCACCAUCAGCCCCCUCCCGCCCCUUUAACAGAGACAAUAGGGAUCGAAGAAAACCUAAGCCGGACCACGAAAAGUCUGGUCAAAGGCCAGGUUGGAAGAACAAAGAUUCGACGGGCGUUGGCAAAAGGCUAAGGCAAGCGGCCGAAGCCGCCUCGGCUGACGCCCAAAUCGUGUCAAAGGGCUCAAUUCAGGAUCGGCUGAAACGUGAAAACAAAUUCAAUCAAGAGGAAAAUAGAAACGAUGACUGGGGAAACAGAGGUCGCGAGAACCGACCGGAACGGCGGGACAAUCGCGGGGACAGAAGGGAUAAUUGGGGGGACAAAAAGGAGAACUUCCAAAAGCGAGAAUUCGUCCCCCGCGAGAAUAGAGGGCCGAGGGAGGACAGGGGACCUAGAGAGGACAGAGGGCCCAGAGAAGACAGACCACCGAGAAGUAACUUCACUCCGAGAGAUCGUGCUGAAAGAACUGACAGAUCCUUCGGUUCCGACGGCGACAGGAGAUCCACCAAGAGCUGCGGCUCCCAGGCGGGCGCGGCGCGCAAGAGCCGCAACAAGGUGACGCACGCGCAGUACCGGCAGCUGCCGCGCCCCGCGCCCCUGCACUCCGCCUUCGCCGAGCCCAGCGUCGACGUCGGCGCGCAACACGAAGUGGCCGUCACGUGGAUUAUAUCCCCAGAAAGCUUCUACACCCAAAUCUUGUCGCUGCAACCGAAAUUCUUAGAGAUGAUGCACAAAAUACCGGAGCUGUAUAAAGGUGUCAAGUCCUACACGGGAAUGGUGCCGGUUGGAGCUUCCGUUUUAGCGAGGUACCCCGCUGACGGUGUUCUAUACAGAGCCACGGUUGUGUCGGCCCAGCCGUUCUCCAAGUUCAUCGUUAGAUACGUUGAUUUCGGUAAUAAGCAGCUGGUUGACGCUAAGGAUAUAUGGCAGCUGGAUGAGGAAUUGAUGGAUUUGCCGAAAAUGGCGGUGCAUUGUUCGUUGGUAGGGGUGGUACCGAAGGAUGGGGAAUGGAAGGCGGAUCCGGAAAUUGAUUUGUGCUUCAACGCGCCGCGGUACCAGUGUGUCUUCCACGAGAGUGUGGAAGAACAGCAAUAUAAAGUUUCCCUGUGGAAUAACGGCGCGAGUGUCGCGGACAUGUUGGUUGAGAAACAGUUAGCUGUUUUGAGUGAGCACCAGUCGUCGGUCACUUUGAAAGACGAAGCCAUCGACCUGACCAUAAUAGUUGGGCAGCAGAUUCUGUGCCGCGUGACGUACGUGGAAUCCUUCGAGAAAUUCUACAUCCAACUGGAUUUGGAAAAGGCGAAGAUGGUGGAGGAAGCUAUUGCUAAUUUCGAUGCUGCUAAGCUGACGCCGCUGAGUGCGGACACGGUGGCGGAAGGCGUGCACUGCACAGUGAGACACGACGGCAAGAUAUACCGCGCUAUACUCGGCGAUGUCGCCGACCGCGCUGCCGUCACCGCUGUGUUGCCGGACUACGGAAACACCAUCACCACUUCUGUCGGCAACCUAAUGAUCCUACCCAGUGAACUGAGUGUGUACUAUUACCAAUCGCUGAUAUGUCAACUCAACAACUACACAGCCGAGUCCAAAAUGUUGCUCUCCAUCGAGGAACUGAAGGAGAAGCUCACAGGCAACAAGUUUAUUAUUUACGUAAACGAUGUCCAAGAAAUCAGCUUGAUAACAACACUGUACGAUAGCGUCACUGGCCAAAAAGUAGCUAUAUUUGAGCCAGAUGAAGGCGCUUACGAUGAAGUUGUCCAACUUUGUACACGCGCUGUGUUCAAUUACAACUUUGGAAUGGCCUAUAUUUCCCACUCGCAGAACUUGAACGAAAUAUAUCUGCAGAAAUCAUCUGAUGGAGAAAGGAUUGAAGUGCUAUUGGAGGAAUUGUAUAAAUUCUAUGGAGAAGGCACGCCCGAAGAUCUCACCACGUUCGAAGUAGACGGCCUUUGCGUCGCCAAAUCUUCUGACGGCAACUGGUACCGAGCCACCAUCGACAGCAUCGAAGAUGAUAAAGUCAAGGUUCACUUCCCCGACUACGGAAACAUGGAGACGGUGCCUAAGAGUAGUCUCAAAAAACUUGACACGAAAUUCUAUGAACCUUGCGCUCUUGCGUUAGUCGCCAGUUUGGGUUUAGUAGCGUUACAAGACGAUGCCUUGGCUAAACUAACAGAAUGGACCACCGAAAAGGAGGUACAAGUCACCCUAACUUUCGGAACUGACGGCUGGCUCGCCAGUUUGCAUUUAGAUGGCGUUGAUCUCGCCAUGAAGUUAGUCAACGAAAAGCUGGCGACUCCACAAGUGACGUCCACUGAAGAACAGAAGGAAGAAGUGGCUGUCGAAGAACCAGUUUCUCUUCCAGUCGGCAGUACACAAGUAUACAUCAGCCACAUCGACACACCUGGACAUUUCUGGCUACAAAUGCUCGACAAGAUAGAGAAAAUUGAUGAAAUCCAAGCUGAGCUUCAAGCUAAUGCAGAUUCAUAUGCAGAAAUCGAAAAUAGAGAUAUGGGCACUUUGUGUAUCGCGAAAUAUCUGGCCGACGAUCAGUGGUACCGCGCAGAGAUUCUCGACUCAGAUUCUGACAUCACGACUGUCCGAUUUAUUGACUAUGGUAACACCGAUGUUUUGGACAAUCAACCUGGUCUAAUAAAGAACAUGCCGGGCAAUAUGAAGGAGAUUGAGCGAUAUGCGGUAAAAUCCAGUGUAAAUGCCGUCCCAACUGGUACUGGGCAGUGGUCCGAGCCAGCUUCAGAUUGCUUCACCCAACUUGUGGGUGAUCUGUCGAAUCCUGUAGAUGCGCUCAUAGUUCUCAAAGAUGUCACAACGUAUGUUGAUAUUUUCGUCAAUGGACAAAAUCUCACAGAUAAAUUAGUGUCAGAAGGUUAUGCUACCAAGUCUGAGGAGACGACCGAAUGUGGCGAUUUUCCAUCUUGUUUUGCGAGUCACGUCAACUCGCCGUCUGAAUUCUGGAUACAGUUAGAAACAGCCGUCCCCGAACUACAAGCUAUGGAAGCCGCCAUGGUAGACGCCGAAAACUUCCCACAGCUCUCUGAAAAAGAAGAGGGAGUCAUUUGCGCAGCUAAAUAUCCUGAAGAUGGUGCUUGGUACAGAGCUCAAGUUAUUGUCGAUGGUUCUGAAGGUACGGAAGUACUCUUCAUGGAUUAUGGCAACGCUUCAAUAGCUAACGAAUUACGAAGUCUUCCUGAAGAGUUGAAAGUUAAACCAGCUCUUUCGAGAAAGUGCGCGUUACAAAAACCGCGAGACAUUAAAUGGUCACGGAAAUCAGAAGUUAGGUUUAAUGAGCUGGCUGCAGAUGGAGUAACUAUUUUUAAUGUGCAGUUCAUUGCCUCAGGGGAUAUUUCGAUAGUAGAACUUUACUUGGAAGGUAAAUCUGUGACAGAAGAAUUAGUAGAACUUUGUGAGGAGCAACCGGCAAGUGAAAGGCCGACACCAGUCGGGCAAGAUUUACACGGCUCUGGAAAAAUUUGUUUCGUCAAUUCGCUAGACGAGUUCUAUGUUCAACUUGACGAAACCGAAACCAAUUUGGACAAAGUACUGGACGGUAUGGUGAAUGCGACGGAGUUUGCACCUGCUACUGACUUAAAAGUGGGCUCAAUUUGUGCUGCAUUUUGGACAGAAGAUAAACAGUGGUACAGAGCAAAGAUUUUAGAAUUUUGCGAUGCCGGCAGUCAUGUACAGUUCAUAGAUUAUGGCAACAAAGCGAAAUGUGAAGACUUCAGGCUGCUCCCAGAAGAUUUAUCUGUAAUAGAACCUCUAGCAAAGUGUUGUAAAUUGGCUGGUAUAGGAGAUGACAGUUCAGUUAAUGAGAUUAUCAAGUGUAAACUUGACGACCUUGCAGCUGACGAAGCAAUAACAUUCCAAAUAGAAUUCUUAGAUAGCACCAAGGAGCCGAAUCUAGUCAAGUUAUUGCUAGAUGGUAAAGAUGUUAGUGUAAGUCUUGCAACUGAAGUAACAGUUGCCUCAGAUAAAACAGAAAAUGCCCUAGAAGAUGCAUCAAAUACUGUCGAAAAUGCAUCAGAUAAUGUAAAUGCUGAGUCAAUAACAGUAACACUAGAUACACCCAAAGAGGCAGCUGUAGUAGAAGAAACUUCACAAAAGAUAAAAGAAGUCUCAGAAAUAGGUAAAGAAAUAUCCCAAAUUAAUAAAGACAAACCUGAAAUUAAUGAAAAUUUAGAUAUAACGAAGAAAGAAUCCGAAAAUAUCCCAGAAAUUUUAAUGACACCAACACAAGCUGUUGUAACAGUUGAUACACAGUCUACACCCAGAAUUAGUGCAGAAACAGUAAAGGAAGAUCGUGAAGACAUUAUAGAUGGAGAAACUGAACUUAAUACAUCACAAGGAGAUCUCGACGAAAGUAUGGAAAGCACUCACACGGUAGUUGAGAACAAGUCAUUCGCUAGCGACGAUUUUGUCCUAGCACAUGAAGAACCUGAAGAGAUAAAUAAAGAAUCACCAGUAAAAGAUUCUUCCUCAUCAACACUUGAAAACUCAAAUAACACCAUAAAAACCCCAGAGAGAGAUGAAUCUAAGGAGUCUCUUACUACUGAUACGGGAUAUACCAGUGAUCCAGAAAAAGCAGCUUCACCUGUGACAGUACAGCUUUCACCAGAUAAGGAUUCACCUACGAAGGAAAUUCCAACCAAGGAAAAGGUUGAAACAAAAGAGAUUGGACAAGGAGAUGAGAGUGUUGAUAAGAAAGUAGAACCUGUGAAUCAUGCAGUUCAGUCAGGCUAACACAUGGAACUUUAUCAGUUUACUCUGUAUUAUAUAAAAUCUCAUGUAUACUCAGCUAUUGCCAAGCAAUGCUUCUUUGUGAUUAAUACUGUAACUAAAGUUAGUGCUUACUAUAUUACAGACGUUAUUUUUAAUUAGUGAUUAACGUAAAAUUUUUACAACUUUUUGAAACGGAACUAGUGUUUCAUUCUUGUAUUAUAGCGGCGACAGAUUCUCUGUUUAUAAAAGUUAUAUUUGUUAUAAGUUUUUUUUACUUGAUUUAUUCAAGAGUAUUUAUGUGUGUUUAUGUUGUGUUUGGAAUAGUGACACCAAUGUGUGCGAAAUUCUGUACGAUGUUAUUUUCUUGAAGUUUUUUGUUGCACAAGAAAAUCUUUUCGACAAUAAAACUUAUUAUAUAACAUUUCCUUUUUUCUUGGUACAUAGAGGUACUGAUGAAACGUAAAAUCCAAGUUUUAUCACAUACUAUUCUAUAUUAUUAAAAAUUUCUGUUUUCAAACAAAUAAUGUGUAUUUAAUAAACAAUAUACAAAAA